AUGAAGAAUCGUAUGUCUGUUGUGGAUAUCCGUUGCAUUGUCGCGGAGUUGAGAGAACAAUUGAUUGGUAUGCGUUUGGCCAAUCUUUAUGACAUUAACAAAAAGACUUAUCUACUUAAAUUUGCAAAAACUGAUGAAAAGAUUGUUGUUCUCAUCGAAUCAGGUAUUAGAAUUCAUAGUACUGCUUUCGAAAGAGAUAAAUCAAAGAUGCCAAGUCCAUUUGUUUUAAAGAUGAGAAAACAUAUUAGAACAAGGAGAUUGGAAAAGUUGGAACAAUUGGGAGUUGAUCGUGUUGUUGAUUUCACUUUCGGAGCUGAAGAAAAGGCAUACCAUCUUAUAGUUGAAUUCUUUGCAAAGGGUAACGUCGUUCUGACAGAUUACCAAUAUAAAAUCAUUAGUAUUUUACGUACACAUAGUAAGGAAGCUGAGGCUGGUUUGUUUGCUGUGGGAGAAACAUAUCCAAUUACAACUCGUUUACAAUCUGAUGGAAUUUCAAAGCCAACUCUUGCACAAACAAUCAAGACAGCUAUAGAAAAGGAAAGAAAUGCAGCCCUUGCACCAACAGAGGAAAAUCCAGAAAAUCCACAACCAACUCAAAAGAAGAAACAACAAAAGAAAGCUCCAGCAGUUCCAACAUUGACAGUGAAAAAUUUAUUGAAUAAUUAUUUGGAUUAUGGUACAGGUUUUGUUGAACAUUGUCUUUUGACUGCAGAUGUACUUGCAUCUAAUUUGAAUUUACUUGAUAAUGCACAUCCUGAUACACUCAAAUUAAUUUCCGAGGUUGACAAUGUCAUUGCUUCAUCCAACGUUGAAACUCCAAUUUUGGAUAAGCUUGUAUCUGCAUUUAAACAAGUGGACGAUUUCAUUAUGAGGAUUAAGACUGAAAAACAAAGAGGUUAUAUUCUACUGAAAGAAAUUGUUCAACAACAAGUUUUGGAUGAAGUUACUGUGGAAAAUCCAUUCCUUCCACCAAAGAAAGAACCAACCGAAAACGGUGAACCAUCCUCAGAGGAACCUGUUGUUGAGCCUGAGAUUGUAUUGAACGAUUUGCAACUCAAACAGAUUGAGCUCAUGAAGCAAGAAAAGAGGUUGUCAAUUAAGAGAGAUCAAUACGAUGACUUUACACCAUUUCUUUUUGAACAAGUCAGAAGAAAGAUUCCUGCCGAUAAGAAUCAAAUCAAAGUCAUUGAAUUUGACUCAUUCGACCGAUCUGCCGAUGAGUUUUUCUCUGCCAUUGAAGCUAAAAAGAUUGAAUCUCAAAAGUCAAGUAUUGAAAAUACAGUUGAAAAGAAGAUGAGCAAGGUUAAAAGAGAACAAGAACUCAAAUUGCAAGAAUUGCAAGCCUCUUUCGAUAAGUAUGAAACAAUUGCCACCUUGAUUGAAACCCACUAUGAGAUUGUUGAUCAAGCUAUCCAAGUUAUUUGUUCUGCUCUUGCCCAAUCUCAAUCAUGGGAAACCAUCAAGCAAAUUAUUAAGGAACACAGAGAUGUGGAUCCAAUUGCUGCCAUGAUUCACAAACUUAAAUUGGAAUCCAGUCAAAUUACCGUUACCCUUCCUCCUCCAUCUAUCGAUGACGAUGAUGAAGACGAAUUUGAAUAUGAAGAAUCAGAUGAAGAAAAUGAUGAUGAAGACGAAGAGAGUGAUGAUGAAGAAAAGAAGGAAAAGAAAUCAGACAAGAAAAAGAAGGAAGAACCAAUGAGAAUUGAUAUUGACAUUUCCUUGACAGCCCACGCCAAUGCUGCCAAAUACUACUCUCUCAGAAAGAAAUCUGGAGAAAAUAAGGAAAAGGCAGCUUUUGCUUCCAAGAAGGCCAUUAAAAAGACCGAACAAAAGACUCUCGAAUCUGCUAAAAAGUCUCAAAUCAAAUCAGAAAUUACAAUUAGAAGAAAGAGAUUCUGGUUUGAAAAGUUCUAUUGGUUUAUCACCUCUGAGAAUUAUCUUGUUCUUGGUGGUCGUGAUGCUCAACAAAACGAAUUGGUUGUCAAGAGAUAUAUGAGAAAGGGUGAUAUUUACAUUCACGCUGAUGUACAUGGUGCUUCAUCUUGUAUCAUUAAGAAUCCAACGGGUGAACCAAUUCCACCGCUCUCACUUCAAGAGGCUGGUAUGUUUUGUGUUUGCAGAAGUGUUGCUUGGGACAAUAAGGUAAUGUCAAGUGCUUAUUGGGUUUAUGACCAUCAAGUAUCCAAGACAGCUCCAACUGGUGAAUAUUUGACUGUUGGUAGUUUCAUGAUUCGUGGUAAGAAGAAUUUCUUGCCUCCAUCUCCUUUGGUUAUGGGCUUUGCAGUAAUGUUCAAAGUUGAUGAAUCAUGUAUUCCAAAUCACAUUCAAGAGAGAAAACCAAGAAUGUCUAUAGAGGAAGCCUCUGAAUAUCUGACAAAGGUAUCAGACUCUUUUGCUAAUGAUUAUUAUGAUAAUGAAUCGACCACUACUGGUACAUUGGAGGAGGAAACUUCUACUGAAAAGAAGGAAGAAACCACCGUAACUACCACUACCUCUGCCAAUGAAACCACUGAAGAAGAGACAGAUCCAGAAGUUAAUCACAGCUCCAAAGUAACUAAUGAAGAAAUUCUUGAAAUUGAAGAGGAAGAUAAUCAAAAUGAGGAAGAAGAAAAAACUGAAGGAAAUGAUAAGAAGAGAGCUCUCUCUGCCAAGGAAAAGAAAAUUUUACAACGUUUAAAGAAGAAGGGUAUGACCGAACAAGCAGCCAGAGAGCUCAUCAUUUCUGGUCAAGCGACUGAAGAUUCCAAAUCUCAAAAAGAAGAUGCCAAGAAACAAGACGAAGAAACCGAGGAUAGUGAAAAUACUGAGAAUGACAAGUCAACUCUUCCAACCCACAAACCAAAGGGUAUGAAGAGAGGUAAAUGGAAGAAGUUAAAGACCAAGUAUGCUGACCAAGACGAAGAAGAAAGACAAGUAAUGAUUGAAUUAAUUGGUAACAAGCCAAAGGAAAGACCAAAAGAAGAUGAAAUGAAGCAAGUACAAAAGAAGAAGGAAGAAGAACAACGUAAGAAGAAACAAGAACAAGCAGAAAUUAAGAAAUUCCUUGCCGAUGAAAAUAUUCCUUUCAUGGAUGAUGAAGAUAAGGAAAAGCUUACUGAAAUCGACAGUUUGACAGGUCAACCAAGAGAUGACGAUAUUUUCUUAUUUGCCAUUCCAGUUUGUGCUCCAUAUACUUGCCUCAAGAAUUAUACCUAUAAGGUCAAACUCGUUCCAGCAGGUACAAACACAAAGAAAGGUAAGGUUGGUAAGGAAGCUAUUGCAAUCAUGAGAUCAGAAUCCAAGAACUUGCCAAUGGUUGAGGCUUGCAUCAAAUCAAUUGAUGAAGCUGAUAUUGGUGGUUGUUUGGUUGGUAAUUGUAGAAUUGCCUCAUCAAGGAAGAGUAACUUCAAUCCUCAAAAGAAGAAGAAGAAACCAACCUCUUCCUCUUCAAAGGACGAAUAGCCCUGUAUUGUAAUAAAAUAAUAUAUUUUGUGUAAA